ACCAGCCGCCGCAUCUCCCUGUCCUUUGGGUCCGGCCCUCCUGCUCCGGACACCCGCGGGAGCCGCCCAGCUCUCCCCGCGCAACGGCGGCGGCGGCCAUUCGGGGAAGCGCAGGCAGUCGCUGAGGAUGCUGCUGCUCGAGAGGAUGCUGCUGUUCCCGAGGCUGCUGCUGCUCGGGCUCCUGGCUGGGGCUGGGCGAGCUGCCCCGGCCCCCUCCACCCUGCCCAGCAGCCCUUCCUCCUUCCCCAUGAGCUCCUUCCCCACCUCCCAGGCCUUGCGGGAAGGGCCCCCGCCCGCCCUCACCUUUCCACAGGAGGAAGCCACCCUCGAUGAGAUGUUCCGUGAAGUAGAGGAAUUAAUGGAGGACACGCAGCACAAGCUGCAGAGCGCCGUGGAGGAGAUGAAAGCAGAGGAGGAAGCGACCAAAGGCUCAGUAGAAGUCAGCCUGCAAGAUCUGCCUCCCAAUUUCCACAACAAUUCCCACAGUGAAGUUAAGGUUGGAAACAGAACCAUUUACAGGCAGCAGGAGAUUGACAAGAUAACCAACAAUCAAACUGGACAAACAGUCAUUUCAGAGACCAUUAUUGACACCAUAAAGGAUGAAGAGAAAAGGAAUCACGAGUGUAUCAUUGAUGAGGACUGUGGGACAGGAAGAUACUGCCAGUUUUCUAGUUUUGAAUAUACUUGUGAACUCUGUAAGAACCAACAAACACUCUGCUCAAGAGAUAGCGAAUGCUGUGGAGACCAGCUUUGCGUCUGGGGUCAUUGUGUAAAAGAUGCUUCAAAAGGUAGUAACGGGACCAUCUGUGACAACCAGCAAGGCUGCCAGCCUGGUCUGUGCUGUGCUUUUCAGAAAGGACUCCUGUUUCCUGUGUGCACACCACUACCAGUGGAGGGCGAACCCUGCCACGACCCUUCUAAUAGACUGCUGGAUCUCAUCACAUGGGAGCUGGAGCCUGAAGGGGCCCUAGACCGAUGCCCGUGUGCCACUGGUUUAAUCUGCCAGCCACACAGGCACAGCUUGGUGUAUGUGUGCGAACUAUCCUUCAAUAUAACAAGGCGUGAAGACAAAGAGCAUGCACUGACCAAUGAGGGCCUUCUAUUCCGCUUGCUGCCUGGAGCCAUUAUUGAGGACCAGCAAGAUGGAGAUCUUGUCGGGGAAGUCCGUAGGGAACUGGAAAACUUGGAGAGAGAUCUUUCAGAAAUCUCUAUAGAUGAGCCUUCUGUGACCUCUGAUGUGUUUUAUGUAGAUGAGAUUUAAAUCAACAAGGACAACUUUGUAAUCUAGUCUUUUUACAACUGUAAUUUUGUGUAUAUUGUCUUGCUUGUCUAGGCCCCAAACACAUUCACUAUUGGAUAGAAGUGCAAUUCAAUAAUAUAUUUUGAGGGAAUAUUCUUCAUGCAUGUUCAGAUGAGGAUUUUUUUUUCAGUGUGUUUUCAGUUAAUUUACACAUCUGGACCAAAAAAAAAAGAUUGCAGUGAAAAAACAAUUAGGCUUGCUUUGCUUUUGGCCAGAUGACUCAAAAUUAUAGGUAUAAAAGUGAAUUCUUAUUUUUGCACUUGCUCAGCUUAAAUUACCCCCAACAUUUAAUAGAAAUCUUAGGAAAAUGAUAUAUCCUCCCUUUAAAUUGGUCUGCAAGAUUUUGAUAGGAUGAGCUGUAAAGGGAAACAAUUUUCCCCACCAAUGGUUCUUUAGGGACAGUGAACUUUAGCCAUGUACAGAAUUCCUUGUAAUUUUGAAAAUAUAAUCAUGAUGAAAUGGCAACAA